AUGUCCUCAACCCUGUCAACAACGAGCGAAUUGGAUCAGUCAGCGUCGCUUCGCAGUCACAACUUCAGGCGGCAACAGAAGCAGCAGAAAAAGGAUUCAAAAAAAGCUGCAACAUUGUUGCGCGAAAGAGCCGACGCUACAGCUCAUUUGCUGACACAGGAACAAGGAAAGCCACUGGCAGAAGCCCGUGCUGAAGUGAACGUUUCAGCGGAUAUAUUUGAUUGGUUUGCAGAAGAAGCACGCCGCGCUUAUGGGCGGAUCAUUCCCGCUCGUGAUCGUGCGUUUCGCAAACCGCACGAAAGCUCGGCGCAGCACUCGCUGCUGGUUGCUCGCUCGUUGUCAAACCAUCAGAAGAUACGCCAGCGGCAGCCGCAGUCCUUGCCCAUGUACUUCAUGAGGCAGGCAUUCCAGAUGGUAUCUUUCACCGGAUCUGUCCCAGUCGGCAAACAUCUGGCUGCCCUUGCAGGCAAGCAUAUGAAGCCAGCAACGAUGGAACUUGGUGGUCACGCACCCGUUUUAGUUUUCGGCGAUGCAGACAUUGAGGCUGCAGCGAAAACCAUGAGCCAAUCAAAAUUCCGCAAUGCCGGUCAGGUCUGUGUAUCACCCACCCGUUUCCUUGUUGAAGAAUGCGCGAUUGAUCAGUUUGUAGACAUUUUCGUUACUGAAACGAAGCGUCUGACAAUUGGCUCCGGUCUGGACGCGGAAAGCAAUAUGGGGCCACUGGUCUCAGAACGUCGUCUUGAAGCAAUUGAAUCGCUUGUUGCCGAUGCGCGUGAACACGGCGCAAAGCUUGCAACCGGCGGCAAAAGGAUUGGUAAUUCCGGCAAUUUUUACGAGCCAACGGUGCUCACAAAUAUAACGCGCGACAUGCGUAUCAUGAAUGAAGAGCCAUUCGGGCCUGCCGCAUUGAUGAUCCCGUUUCAGGACAUCAAUGAGGCUUUGCUGGAAGCCAACCGUCUACCAUUCGGGCUUGCUUCAUAUGCCUUCACAAAAUCAGCUGCAACGAUUAGCGAACUUGAGCGCGGGAUUGAAGUUGGCAUGCUGUCAAUCAACCAUCUGGGACUAGCGCUACCAGAAACGCCCUUUGGUGGUGUAAAAGAUAGUGGUUACGGUUCAGAAGGUGGCAGCGAAGCAAUUGAGUCUUACUUGACGACUAAAUUUGUGUCUGAACGCCACGUACUUUAG